UGCAAUGCUACUGUAUGUUUCAGAAAACAUGUCCUGCUCUAUAGCUUCCCCCAUACAUUCAAAUGCAAAUAAUGUUUAUUUAUUCCUAAUAUAACAGACUUGAAAGAAAAACGGAACAGAGUUAUGAAACUCAGAUUGACUGAUAUAAAAUGAAACAAUGGGCUUUUUAAACUUUUGCAGUGAUAGAGGGAGAGAGGGGAAGAGAUAUGCAGAUGAAAAGAUAAAAAGAUGGAUGAUUUGAUUGGCACAGAUGGCUUAACGGGACGGGGCAGAGGAAGAGAGAUAGUAGCAGGAGGGACGCGGAGAGAUAGAAAAUGAUGUUGCCGGAGAGAGAGAGAGGGAAAAAAUAAAAACAACUAAUCUUUUUUUCUUUCAAAAGAUUCGCAAAAUGAGACACAGACAGCCGAUGGGAGGGGGCGCGCGCUGAGGAGAAGGCGCGCUCGCGCAUGUGAGAGAGUGUUUUUAUGAAUGAAGUGGUGACUCAGGAUGUGUCAUACCCCCGUCUUUAUAAAGGAAGUUUUAAACAAGCCUAAACAUUUCACUUCGCGAAAAAUUAGACUUACACUCGCAUCCCUCUCUGUCUCUCCCUCCAUACACCUCUCUGUCCCUCACCGUGUCUCUUUCCAUCCUCAGUCGCGUUUAUUAAAACUAAACAACAUAUUGGGACUGAAUAGAGCCUUUAUUUGGGAGUAACUUUUGCUGCUUUUUUCUUGUUCUCGCUCAUUCUGCACUUUUGUCAUUCAUUCAUUUUCCUCCGCACCUCACACUGUUCCUCUGUAAACUGCUGUCUCGAGACGAAGCGAGAGAGAGAGAGAGAGAGAGAGAGAGCGACGAACUUUGGGAGCACGUGACAAUAUCUGGAGCUUCAUUUAUUUAUUAAUUUUUGACCGUUUUAUUUAUUUAUUUAUUCAUCCGCUUAUUUAUUUGCAACUUAUCAACUUUGUAUCAAGGACCUGGACAAAUAUGAAAUUGCUGGGCGAAUCCUCUUCAUCUCUGCUCCUGUCGCUGCUGUUGGCUCAGCUGCAUCUGUUAACGUCGGCCUUCCCUUCCCGGAGAAUUCACACUGAUUUUGACAAGCUGACCAAUCAGACCAGGCACCUUCUCAAGCUGACUCAGGAUCUGCUGAAAGAUCCAGUGUUUGGCACAGAUAUUGAGCACCACAGAUUCAAGUCUCUUCCAGCGAUUAGUAACAGAGUCAGUGACCUUAACACUCUUGAGUUCAAGCCUGCUCUUUCUCAGCUCCAUGCAGACCUAAAGUCCUUUGAGCACCAUUUUGAGUGGCUGAACAGAAUAACACGCAAACAGCUCCACAGCUCAGUACCAAAGCUGACAGACAUGAUCUCCCUCAUUAAGAGCCUUAUAAACUCCUUACAGCGUCAGAUGACACGAGCAGAGGCUCCCCGGAUACCCGUCCCCUCUCCCUCACUCCCACCCAAUCCUUCCUUCCACUGGGAGGUGGUUCAGUCCUCUCAGGAACUCCUGCAGCAGUUCAGGCUCUUCUGUGAUUGGGCCUCACGAGUGUUCCUUACUCUUAAAUCUAGAUCACCAGUAUGAGAAACCUCUAUGGUGUAGUGCAAACAACAGUGGAGAAUAAAUGGCCAGGAGUCGGACUCAAAGACCAACUGCAGCCAAUUCCUCGAUUGCCGUGACAGACUGAACCAGUAAGACAACAGUAAUGAUGAAAUCUACAUGCUGCCAUCUUUAGCCCACUGGCACAUUGCACCAGGAGUUCAAACAUAAAGACUCAUGUCAUCUGUCUGGAUAUUGUGGUCUUCAUAUCAGUCUGAGGCCUGAUCAGUGAAAGAGUCUGAUCAUGAACUGCACACUAGUCGACACCCUGCUUCUGACGCUCCAUUUAACCUUCAUUUGCUUUUCUUUUUAUACAAUUCAUUUUCAGACCUUUUUGUUAUUUAUGUAUUUAUUUAUUUAUUAAUUAGUUAUUUAUUUGAUAUUAUUUAUUUGAUUUAUCGAUAAAUAUGUCAAGCGGAUUAUGUCAUAAUUCAGUUAGGAAGUUAAUGUAACUUUUCUUUCUUUGAUUUCUGUCUGUCAGCUUUUCCUCUACCACAACAAACCACAUUUUAUAACUUCUCUGUCUCUUAUAAAUGAUUUUGUUUUCUUA